CAGUGAGAAACGGCCACAGCCAAGAUCUCUUUCCUGACGUCAUUUUAAAUAGACGGAAGUAAAACUUGCAGUUAUUUAUCCUACAGUGACAUAGCCAAAUCAAAAGGGUUUUCUGCAAUAUAUUUAUUAAACGAAGAUAUCAGCUUAUAGUAGAGAUACAGCAUUUCAAAAGCAGCUCUUGCAGCCAAAAAGAAUGCACGGUCGGUUAAAGAUAAAGUCUACAGCGCAGCAGGAAGAGGAGAAAAGGAAGGAACGAGAGAAGAAACUAAAGCUAUAUGUAACGGCACGAGAUGUCUGUUUCAGUCAGAGGAAGGAGGGGGUUUUGGAUGAGGAGGCUCUACAGUUAACACAGCAGCUGCUGUCGUCCAAUCCUGACUUCUCAACCCUCUGGAACUACAGGAGAGAGAUUCUGAUGCAUCUGGAGACUGUGAGAGAGGAGGACGAUGUGCAGAAGAUCUAUGAGUCUGAACUUUCCUUUGUGGAACGCUGUCUGAGGCAGAACCCCAAGUCUUAUGGCAGCUGGCACCACCGAGGUUGGGUUUCAGCCCGUCUGCCCCGGCCUGACUGGGUCAGAGAACUGAGUCUAUGCGAUCGCUGCCUCAGCUUGGACGAGCGUAACUUUCACUGCUGGGACUACAGGCGGGUGGUGGUGAGGAUGUCAGGCGUGGCCGUGGAUCAGGAGCUCCGCUUCACCGAUCGCCUCAUUGGCUCAAACUUUUCCAACUACUCCAGCUGGCACUACCGCAGCACCCUGCUGCCCCUGCUGCAUCUGGAGUCCCCCGAGCCACUCUCGCCCACCCCCCAGCUGGCCAAGACCUCUCCAUGGACCAACAGCCAUCGUGUCUGCGAGGAGCAGCUGCUCAAAGAAUAUGAGCUUGUGCAGAAUGCCUUCUUCACGGAUCCCAAUGACCAGAGUGCUUGGUUCUACUAUCGCUGGCUGUUGGGCAGAGCGGAGCGGGAGGAGAUGAUCAGCUGUGUGUACGUCAGUCGAGAGGAGGAGAGGGUGGCUGUGUGUUUCUCCAAGCCAGUUCAUGGGCAGGCUGUUGGCCUGAUGCUGGUCCUCGACGGGCAGCCCCAGCAAGUGGAAUGGAGGAGCGUCCACCCACGCUUGAGACACAGCCCUGUCUGGGUCUGUGAUCUCCCCCCUGCCACCAUAAGUGACAUUGGCAACGAGCAUAACCUGACCGUGCACUGGACGGAGAAUCAUACGCACAGGGACUGCGCACUCUACACUGGUCGAUCCCAGAGUUGGUGCCGGGAUUCUGCCACUGACCUGGAGCUUUUCAGGAGUGAGCUGUCGGUGGAGAAGACAUCAGUUCUGCAGUCUGAGCUGCAAACUUGCAACCAGCUCCAAGAACUGGAGCCUCUGAAUAAAUGGUGCCUUUUGACCAUUGUCCUCCUGAUGAGGGCGCUAGACCCCCUGGGCUACGAGAAGGAGACGCUGGCUCACUUCCAGACCUUGAAAGAAGUGGAUUCCAUGCGGUCUGCCUACUACGGUGACCUGUGCAGUAAAUUCAUUAUAGAAAACACAAUUCUUAAAAUGGAGUAUGCAGAGGUGCGGGUCUUCCGUAUCUCAAACAAGAAGCUGAGCACUCUUUGCCACCUGGACCAGCUCUUAUUGGUGACCCAUAUUAACCUUUCGUCCAAUGAGCUGGAGAGGCUGCCUCCUCAGUUCUGUAUGCUACAGUGUCUGGAGGUCUUGGAAGCCGAUAACAAUUCCAUAGAAGAUUUAGAAGGGGUUUAUCAGCUUCCCAAAUUGGAGGAAAUUUCCUUAAAGAAUAACAAAAUCUCCAAGAUUGAAGACCUUGCGCUGCUUGCCUCCUGUCCUAAACUCAGGAGUCUGGAUCUCCGUGGCAACCCCGUCACGCAGAUGGCCAACUUCCUGUCGGACAUCGCAAAGCUGCUUCCCUCAGUCACGGACCUCCAACUGUGAUGUGCCCCUGGGGGGCGGGGGGUGGUAGUGGUGGUGUGUAUGUGUGUGUGUGGUAGACGCCAAAAUGCAUGCUGCAAACCACUUAAAGAGCAAGAAUACCUGUAUUCACAACAGAACUACAGAUAACUUGUAUUUUGAAGAAUAAAAUAAGUAACUGAUAAAUUAAGGAUUAGCAUUGAGUUGCCAUUUGCUUUUUAACAUGGUUUGUAGAUUUACAAUUUAAAAGUUGGUGUAGGCCUACUCCACACAUUUUAAUCUCUUAUUCACCAAUAAAUUGCAACGCUGUGGCCACCUGAUCAUCUCUUUUGUUUUGGUUUUAUUGACGUGCGACCUUCCUUAUCAUUCUAAAGCAGCAGAGCAGUUUAUAGCUAGAUACCAGUAAGUUUCAUGUAGCCACUGGUGCUAUGUGUGAAGGUGGGUAGUAACGCUUUACAAGUAAGGCAAAUGAGUAAAAAAGUUUCGUUAUGUCUAAUUCUACUCUUACUCAAGUAAAUAUUUGAUUUAGAAUUACUCUUUAUUCAAUUGCAUUUUCCAUUGUGCCUUCAUUCAAAUUAGUAUUUUGAUAAACAUUAUCUUCGUUGACUGUAAAACAAUCGUACACGUUAGCGACGCGCACUCCCUAGGUUGCAUCAUUGUUGCCAUACCAUAGCCGAGGAGCCGAGUCGACAGUUACGUUGGGACUGAGGACUAGAAACGCCAUGGAUGCAGAAGCGCAGCAAGAUAUUGUCGGCAGGGGGUGCGGGGUUACGGUCCUAGUAGAGUUUAUAUAAUUCUAAAGAAACUAUGUUACACAGGCUCUGUAUUCUGCAGACCACUCAGACCAAGAUUUAUGGCUUGGUGUGUGGUUUCUCACAGCUGUGCGCUCUGUGAUUUUAAUUGUUCAUCUUUGGCACCAAAGCCAAUUACAUCAGUUUUGUUGUUUAAUUGAACAUUUUGGCACAUCCAGUCAUUGAUUUGCUCAAUGCACUUACGCAGUGCUUGUAUCGGACUAUAGUCUCCUGGUGAUAUGGUUAUGUAAAUGUGUGUGUAUGUUUGAAUGUUAAACAGAAGAGACCCAAGAAUGGAACUUUGGGGGACCCCCCAAGCAAUAUUUGUUCGCUCAGAUGUGAAAUUGCCUAUAGAAACAUAGUAGCCUAGCCUCUGUCCUUUAAGUAGGAUUCAAACCAGUUUGCAAAUCAGUCUAGUAAUAUGUUGUGGACAACUGCCAACGCAGCACUGAGAUCCAGUAAGACUAAGACAGAACUUGAAAGAGUGGCUUGAUGACUGCUGUUUUCAGAGUCUGGGAAUACACAUGUGCGGAGGGACAUGUUGACAAUUUCUAGAACAUCUGAGGCUAUCCAGUUAAAAACGGUUUUAACGAAGCCUGUGGAAAGAAUGUGAAGGCAACAGGAGGAGGAGUUCAGUUAUUGUAUAAUGUCCUCCAGGUUUUUGUGGUGAUGAGAUAGAAUUCUAUCAUGGGAUUUGAAUUGAUUAUUCGUGGGCAUAGGGAUAACCCAUAUCUUGAACCCGGUAUUGACUGCUGACUGCUUGUCAAAUUUUCUGAAUUUUGACAGUAGAGAAGCAGGUAAAUUCAUUUCAGGCUGUUGUUCAGACACUACUGACACAGGAUUUGUUAGCCAACAGCAGCAAACAGGGCACGGGCGUUGUUGUUUCGGUGAUGUCAGAAAAUAAAGAUUGCCCUGCAUCUAACAAAACGUUACAGCACACGGGGCCUCUACGAAUAGUCAAAUCUCCUAACCUUCAUGCCUCCUUUCCUCAACCUUUGUGGAAAAUGUCAUCGGGUCAAGGAGAGAUGAAAGGUGCUUCCUUUCGAACAUAGGAAAAGACAGCACUGAUUAAAAUGAAUUCGAUCCCAUUUUUCCUAACCAACAUCAUUGCGCGACGGCGAGUAUUGCUGACCUCUAGCGUGGAACUACAGUUUUCCGAAGUUGGACUACAACAAGCACUCUUUCGAUCCAUGCCUUCUUGUCGUAUUGAUUUCAAUCAGUUUGUCGCCAACAGUGAGAAUCACUUAGGUCGGACUUGGUCAACGGGAAUAUUUUGGGCCACUUGAAUCCCAAUUCACAUGUGAAAUUUAAUUUAGUUGACGUUGAAAUUCACUGCCCCCAUAGUCUUUCUUAAAUGUGAAGUCGGCAUUUAUUUUUAUUACGGUGUAUUUUGUGUGCUUAAUAACCAGCAAUAAAUUCAUUCAUUUUGAUUCAAAUAAUAUGUUUCUGGAAUUGGUAUCCAUUAUUAUCAUUUUCUUCUCUUCUCUUCUUCUGCUUUACCGCGUCUCUCGUGCGCCCUUGCGUAAGCCUAGAGUCCGUAAACUUCGUUGGC